AUGCUUUUCCACAGAGACGAGAACAUCUGCACUUUUGUCAAGAACGAACUGAAGAAGUUCCAGCAGGUUCUGAGUCCAGAUUACCCAGAAACCUUAGAGAGUCUGAGUGAUGAGGAUGAAGAGCAGAGGAGGAGCUCCGAGGCUUCUCUGCAGAUCACACUGAACUUCCUGAGGAGGCUGAAGCAGGAGGAGCUGGCUGAGCGUCUGCACCGCAAUAUUAUUUUUAUUCGGAAACUGAAACGUAACCUGCAGCAGAAGUUUGAGUGUGUGUUUGAGGGCAUCGCUAAAGCAGGAAACCCCAAAACCCUCCUGAACCAGAUCUACACAGAGCUCUACAUCACAGAGGGAGGGGCUACAGAGGUCAACCAGGACCAUGAGGUCAGACAGAUUGAAACAGCAUCCAGGAACCCACACAGACCACCAACAACCAUCACAUGUGAAGACAUCUUUAAAACACCACCUGACAGAGAUCAACCAAUCAGAACAGUGCUGACAAAGGGCGUGGCCGGCAUCGGGAAAACAGUGUCCACACAGAAGUUCAGUCUGGACUGGGCUGAAGACAAAACCAACCAGGACAUCCACUUCAUAUUUCCAUUCACCUUCAGAGAGCUGAAUGUGCUGAAACAGAAGAAGUUCAGCUUGGUGGAACUGGUUCAUCACUUCUUUACUGAAACCAAAGAAGCAGGAAUCUGGAUCUUUGAAGACCUCCAGGUGGUGUUCAUCUUAGACGGUCUGGAUGAGUGUCAACCUCCUCUGGACUUCAACAACACUCAGAUCCUGACUGAUGUGACAGAGUCCAGCUCAGUGGAUGUGCUGCUGAUGAACCUCAUCAGGGGGAACCUGCUUCCCUCUGCUCGCCUCUGGAUAACCACACGACCUGCAGCAGCCAAUCAGAUCCCUGCUCAGUGUGUGGACAUGGUGACAGAGGUCAGAGGAUUCACUGACCCACAGAAGGAGGAGUACUUCAGGAAGAGGGUCAGAGAUAAGAAACAGACCAACACAAUCAUCUCCCACAUCAAGACGUCACGAAGCGUCCACAUCAUGUGUCACAUCCCAGUCUUCUGCUGGAUCACUGCUACAGUUCUGGAGGACGUGUUGAAGACCACAGAUAGAAGACAACUGCCCAAGACCCUGACUGAGAUGUACAUCCACUUCCUGGUGGUUCAGGCCAAACUGAAGAACGUCAAGUAUGAUGGAAGAUCUGAGACAGAUUCACCCUGGAAUCCAGAGACCAGGAAGAUGACUGAGUCUCUGGGAAAACUGGCCUUUGAGCAGCUGAAGAAAGGAAACCUGAUCUUCUAUGAAUCUGACCUGACAGAGUGUGGCAUCGAUAUCAGCUCAGCCUCAGUGUACUCAGGAGUGUUCACAGAGGUCUUCAAAGAGGAGAGAGGACUGUACCAGGACCAGAGGUUCUGCUUCAUCCAUCUGAGUGUCCAGGAGUUCCUGGCUGCUCUUCAUGUCCAUCAGACCUUCAUCAACACUGGAGUCAAUCUGCUGUCAGAAGAACAAACAUCUGUUUGGUCUAAACUACAGUGGGACACCUCUGACCAGUUCUACCAGACCGCUGUGGACCAGGCCUUACAGAGUCCAAAUGGACACUUGGACCUGUUCCUCCGCUUCCUCCUGGGUCUAUCACUCCAGACCAAUCAGAGUCUCCUACAAAGUCUGGUGAAACCAACAGGAAGCAGCUCAAAGACCAACCAGAAAACCGUUGAGUACAUCAAGGAGAAGAUCAAUGAGAAUGUGUCUGCAGAGAGAAGCAUCAACCUGUUCCACUGUCUGAAUGAACUGGAGGAUGGAUCUCUGGUGGAUCAGAUCCAACAGUACCUGAGAUCAGGACGUCUGUCCACAGAACAACUGUCUCCUGCUCAGUGGUCAGCUCUGGCCUUCAUCUUACUGUCAUCAGAAAAAGACCUGGAUGUGUUUGACCUGAAGGAAUACUCUGGUUCAGAGGAGGUUCUUCUGAGGCUGCUAUCAGUGGUCAAAGCCUCCAACAAAGCUCUGUGA